GUAUCCGUGGUCCGUACACUGUCGGAUAGUAGUCAAGAUGGCGGACAAAGCAGGCGUGGGAACAUUAGAGGAGCAGGCGCAGCAGAGACAGGCCAAGCUGAAAGCUCUAAGAGAGAAGAAGAGCGACCAGAAGAGCGGAACAGACGAAGGCAAAAAGCCGAAGCUCAAGUUCAGGAGCUACAACCCACAAACUGAGGAGCUGAAGGAAAAGAAACUGCCGAAAGGAAGACCCGAAAAUGUGGAGCCGCAGAUCCAGGAGCAGCUGGAGGCAGCCAAGACCACUGACCUGGGGGACAUCAACCUGGCAAACCUGGCUCCAAAGAAGGUCGACUGGGAUCUAAAGAGAGACAUUGCAAAGAAGUUGGUCAAACUAGAGAGAAGAACGCAGAGAGCCAUUGUGGAGUUGAUUUGUUAGUUGUGUGUGUUGGGUUGAUGUAGUGAUUGGGUCAACACCCUGCUGCGUGCAGGUGAGCGACUGCAAGGUGAGGAGGAGAAGGAGGGAGAUCUCGAAUCAGCUGUGGCCACCACUGACCGUGAACAGCUCCCUGAUGAUGAUUCAGAUUAAUUUCUCCCUCCCUCUCUCUCUCGUUCAAUUCUUCCACUCUACUUGCACAUGUUCUCAUCUCACUUUCAUCACUCUUCAACCAAAUGUCAUAGAGAUUUUGAUUAUGAAAUUGGUACAAUAAUUUUAGCACAGUUAUACAGUACUUAAAACAGGUGCAGAAUGGGCCGUGAUGUAUAUACAAUACCUGUACUGUUCAAAACCAAAACUAGAGGGAAAGAGAGUUAAUUAACAGAGACAUUGAUUGUGUCUUCAAAUAGUGCUAUGACUAGUAGAACACUGAACCCCACUGCCAGCCCGAGGACCGACAUUAUCACCUGCAAGACCUUCUGUAGCCC